UAUUCAAUAGACCCGGAAGUGGGGCGGGACUGCUGUUUUGCUGUCGAGUCACCUCUGUCAGGAUGGAGGAAAACGAGCUGCUAUCAUGCUGAAAAACGAAGGAUACCGACAACCAAACAUCAUCAACCGGGAUAGUUAGGCACCGUUUAUCUUGACUGCUGUAUUGUUUUCUGUAACGCUUUGCCAAAAUGAUGGAAGAAAUCGACCGGUUCCAAGUACCUCCAGUCAACGGAGAGACACAGCCUUUGGACCCAGCAGCAUCCUCCACCUCAGAGACAGACCCUGACACCAAGGGAGAGACUAUGGCCAUGAACUACAAGCCCUCAACACUGCAAGUCCAAAUAGAGAAACAGAGGGACCUUGCCAGGAAGGGAUCAGUGAAGAAUGGCACUGUGGGAAGUCCUGUCAAUCAACAACCCAAGAAGAAUGCCAGGACAAGGUUGGUGGUGCCAAACAAAGGCUACUCCUCUUUAGACCAGAACCCAGAUGAGAAGCCCCUGGUAGCAUUGGACACUGACAGUGAUGAUGACUUUGACAUGUCCAGAUACUCCUCAUCAGGAUACUCCUCAGCCGAGGUGAGAUGUCUGAGGGACCAGCACAUCAACCAGGACCUGAACAUCCAGCUCCUUAAGGAUGGGUACCGGCUCGAUGAGAUCCCGGAUGAUGAGGACCUAGAUCUGAUCCCCCCCAAAGCAGUCAACCCCACCUGCAUGUGCUGCCAGGCUGCUCCCUCCACAGCCUGUCAAAUUCAGUAGCAACCCCCCCCCCCCCCAAAAAAAAAACAAAAAAACAAAAAAACAAAAAAAACAACUACUGACCAGAGUGGCAGCAAGGAGGCAAAACUAUCGACUGGCAAUGGCACAAAGGGAAAUUAAUAAAUGGAGACAGAUCAAGUCUUGAGAAAAGAGUCAAUAUGUACAGUAUCUGUGCACGUUCCUCCUAUGGUAGGAUCUGUGCAUCUUACUUGAUUGAUGGCAGAAACAUUACCUCUAAGGAAAACAUGUUACUUUUGCUUCUUCUUCGUUUGACUUCCAUUUCAUGCUUGGGGAUAUUUUGGUUUACAAGGACCACGAGGGAUUGUGAGACAUUGUGGAAGAACGCAAACAAAAUCGGUUGACUGAAAUGAAUACAUGAAUUGGUGACAAGGUGACAUUGCUGUGACAGUGCGUCAUCCAUUGAAUCUACUUCUUCUACUUGUGUGUCAUUGACGGUCAGAUUCGAUUGACAAGAAGAGAUUGGGAGUUUUGUAGUGGCCAUUUUGUUUUGUUCUCUCUUUAUCAUUUCUUUCAGCCAGUCUGCUUUGUCUUUCGGUGUAUAUACAGUAUGUGUCAAACAUGAAAAUGACAUGUGUGUGUCUAAAUAUGUCCAAGAAAGUAGUGCUAAACCGUCAAGCUGCUGACGAAACACUAAUGCUUACACUCACAACACUAUAAGUUAUUCCAGUUUUCUUUUUCAAGUUUGUCUGUUAGAGUACACCAUGGUUGUACUGCUUUAUUAUUUCAAAUUCAGUUAAAAGAAGCUGAAAACAAAUAGUUUUGCAUGUUGCCUGUUAACACCGUGUCCGAAUGACCUGCUUGUGCAGAUGAUUAAUCCGUUUUUAUUGAAAUCUAAACACAUCCUUGUGCCAAUGAGACAUUAUGUGAAGCGUUCUUUUAAAAACAUGAAGUUAGUAAUGUUUAGGUUCACCCACUGUAAUAUCAGUAGAUAUAGAGAAACUAUUAUUAGAAACUGCUCAUGAGUUAGUGCAUACUUUCUUUCUUUGUGUUUGUCCACGUUAGCCUCGACAUGAGUGGAUGUGUAAGAGGAGCACAAAGCGGUCAUCACCAGUGAAUGUGGUUACAAAGUAAUAAUAAUAAGAGGUUUAGAAUGCGUGCAAAUACACAGAAAGUUGUGCAAUUUUGACCGUACCUGUUAUAGGUUCAGAAGAAUGUUCUGAAGAAUUUAUAAAGUGAUUCCAUAUUGCCUGGAUGGAAAUGAAAUGGGAUUUUUGUUUUCAUAAAAAGACACAAGUUUUGUUUUAAGUGUAUUUGGUUUGUAUGGUUGUACAUCUGCGCAUAUUCCCCUAGAGUUUUAAUAUAACCAAUUUGUCUGAACUGAUUUGGGGACAACAACUGUAUAUGUAGCACCGGACACAGCUGUGUAUUGUUGAUGCUUUUUGCCAAUGGAUGUUUCCCAUAAUGUUGAAAAAGAAGUAGUCCUUAUCGUUAGGAAGAACUGAAUGCAUACUGUCUAUUUGUCAUGUUUACAUCUCUAAAGACAUCUCUAGAGCUCUACAGACAUCUGCUUUCUAGUAGAUGAUGAUAAAAGUCACAGCAUGUGAAUCUGCUCUAAAACAAAUGACGGUAGAAGAUCAGGCUGGGUUUCCCAAAAACACAAAACAUUGUGACUAGUAUGACACCUGAAAAACAUUUUCUAUUUAACGUAACUUAAAACUACAUAAGCUCUUAUAUCUGGUAAUAUAACUGCAGCUCUAAGUGUUUGUGCACUUUACGAUGUGGUGUAAGUUUUUCUCUUACGGUAACGUUCGGGAUAUUCUUUUGACUCAUGUACAAAGGAUUUGAGAUCAAGAUGUGAAAUUACUUCUGAAAUACUGUGGGCAUCAACUAUGAACAAUCUUAUCUUGAUUAUCUUAACGGAUAUGUUGCAGUGUUUUGGGGAAACUGCAUUAAUCAUGCUCUGCUGAUUUUGUUAGCACGUUUACAACUUGGUGGUGUUACAUUUUUCUGAAAAUCCUUGCAAUAACGACUGCAGCAAAAGAUACAGUGUGUAAUGUAUGAGUCCAAAUGACUGCAUCUCUUCGAGCUGAGAGUGUUUGGAGAGGUGCCAGAUCUGCAAGCAUACAUUUAAGCAUGGUCAAGGAAGGAAGGCAUGUUUUUGCUCUGGUCAAAGGAAUGAAUGAAUAAUACUAUAUGUGGAUAGUAAACUGAACUAAAUCUAUUUGGAAAGAACAAAAAUGCUAAUUCUACCCUGUAAGAGGGCAUCUCCUUUUUUUAAACACUGAUUUACUGUACCUGAUACAGCCUCAAUGUCUCUACAGCAUUUGAGCUAGAAAAGUAAACAAGCAUAAAAACAAAUUACAUUUCAUUUUUAAAUAAGGUGCCAUCUGUGUAGAUAAUAAAAAUACUUAAUUAAGCAUUAAGUAGAAAAAAUACAUGAAUAGUACAGUAGGUCAGGUAAUAUGUCACUAAUGGAGCUACUAGCUGAGGGGUGUGUUGGACCAGUAGCUUUACAGUUAACAUUGACAUUGAGGGACUUACUUUCUGAUUGACUAUGGUGCUGAUUUUUGUCUUCUAUCAUUAACAUCAUCCUAAUAGAUACACACACACACACACACAUAGUCGUGUGGAUUACUGACGGCCAAUGUCGUCUCACUCGAGGCGUAGCGUCACUAAUCUUUUGAGUUCAGAGUCUAAAGUAAUGCAUUGUAACAGAAGCUAUUUAUUUGCAGUUGUGUGUUUUUAAUUUAUUUUUCACGAAUGGAAAAUAAUUCAUGUGCAGACAGAUGUUUUUUUUUGUCAGGUGCUUAUUAUGAUGAUUGUGAACUGGUUCCAUUUAGAUUUUAACAGUGUCAAAGUUCUGUGUAUAGUGCAACAUAUCAAAAAAUAAAUAUUAGAUAUCUGA